UUUUGAAGGCGGAAACCGGAAAUACUUUUUUGGACAUUUUUAGCAUAACAGCUAAUGCUACCAGCUGCCUUUUGUCUUCUUAAAUACUUCACGACAAAAACAAAACACACGUUUAUACUUUAAAGGUUUGUCAUGCAGAAUAAGUGCGCUGUCCAGAACUGCCUCGGAGGUAAAUUAGCCUCUCAGCCGAUCUUCCGGUUUCCUCAUGAUCCACAAAGGUGCAAAAAGUGGGUUGAAAAUUGCCAGAGAAAGGACCUCCUGGAGAAACCAGCAGAGCAUCUGUACAGAUACUACAGAUUAUGUGGGAAACAUUUUGACACGUCUGCAUUUGAUGGUGACGUUCCAGGCACAGUGUUGAAAGUUGAUGCCGUACCAACGAUGUUUGAUUUUCCACCCCAACUUCAAACUGAACAAGUGAAGCAUGGCAAAGAGACGGCCAAAGAUGAUGAAACAGUAGGGGGUAGGGGGAGAAAAAGAAUCAAGAAAUCUCCUCCUGAGGCCCCUCAGGAAGAUACCCAGGCAGCGCCGGAAGGAGAACAGAAAAAGUAUCUCAAGUCUUUAUUCGAAGCACUUCUACUGUUGGGAAAGCAAGGCAUCCCUCCUUCUGUCUCUGCUGAUGAUAACGAAGGUCUUAAAUUGAGCUUCUUUCAGGCUUUGCUAGAUUAUGGCAUUAACUGUGGAGAUGAAUUACUGAAGAAAAAGUACGAUGCAUCGAAGCAGUUCUGCUUCUUAGAGGAGCUCGAUCAGCUGACUGAGGUGUGUGAGAAGUAUGUGUGCAGUAAGCUUAUAGAGGAAGUUAACCUAAAUGGCCAUUUCUCUUUGCUCACUGAUGAGCCAGUGAAGAUCUCAAAUAACUGGUGCCUCCCAGUCUUUAUUCGUUUUCUGGACCAGUCUAAAUGCCUACAGGAAAGGUUUGCAGGGUUCUUGAGUGUUGAAGGCGAUGACGUGGCUGAGAAAAUGUUAACUGAGUUGGUUGACAAAUGGGGUUUAGACAUGGACCACUGUAGAAGCCAAGCCCACUCUAGUUCUGGGACACAUUUCAAGAAAGUUAAAGCUUUUGCUGCCAAAGUGACUGAAAAGUAUCCAAAGGCACUACUUACCUUUAGAUCUACUCAUGCCUUGAAUGUGUCACUGGCCAACAGUAUCAGCUUGUCCGGCGUUCAGCUCGUCAUGUCCACCUUUAAGAAGAUUGAUUCCUUUUUCCGCGAGUCACCUUUGCUGCAGUUAGAAUUUGAGCAUGCCAUUUCCAUUUUCUACCCKGACAAGGAAGACAAAGCCAACGAGCUGAAAGAAAUCUGCAGAACCAGCUGGACCAGAGGGCCCGAUGCRUUCGAGGUGGCCCUGGAAGUCUUAGAGGCUCUGCUGCUCUGUGUGGACAGCUUGCACGACAACGAGGACAUGAGGUGGAGUGACCAAGUCGCACACAACGCUUUAGAAAUCUCUAAGGCACUGACUGAUUUUGAGUUCAUCAUGGCGUUACUGGUGCUGAAAAACGUUACGGUGCUCACACAGGCUUUUGGGAAAAACCUACAAGGGGAAGCAGCAGAAGCCCAUUUAGCUGCAGUUAGUUUUAAAGCUGUAACGCUCGCUCUGAAGGAGGUGUCUGACAACAUUGACGUGUACCAUGAGUUCUGGUUUGAUGAGGCUGUUAACCUAGCCACAGCUAUGGAGAUCCCAGUCAGUGUUCCUCGCUUGUUCUUUUGGAAACACCAGGAGGAACCUGGAACCAUUCAGCCAGAUACGUACUACAAGGAGAACCUGUCUGUUCCCGUGGUUAACCACAUCAUGAGGGAAGUGGAUGAGCUCUUCAGCGACACCCACCUGGAGACCCUGAGGUGUUUGUCUCUUGUACCUGCUGUUAUAGAGCAGAACAAGACCACUCAGCCUGAAGAGCUGAACCUGCAGAUGUUUAAUGAUGACAUCCCGAAUGCUGCAAGCCUCUCCGCUGAGCUGCACUGCUGGUUGGUCAAAUGGAGCAAAAAGGGCAAAGGGGAGACUUUUCCUUCCAGCCUCCAUGAGACGCUGCAGCUCGCUGAUGUCAAGUUCUUUCCCAACGUUUUGGUUGUCCUGAGACUUCUCAGGAUCCUGCCCACCCUGCCUGUGGAGGACAGCUGUGAUGUAGCAUACAAGCGCUUCAGGAUGUACCUGGAGAACAUACCUGACAAAUUCAAAUCAAGAAGUCUUGCUCUUUUGAACAUAAAUGAGGAUGUUGAGUUAGAUCUGGAUUCCAUGGUUGAGAUGUACAUGAAGAUGUUCCCUGAGAGGCAGGAUGAGUCCUGAGCCUCCAGACAGAUGUGCUGGUUUACUGUUGAUGCCUUAAAAUAAAACUCUGACUUCCUGUA